UUUGAUAUUACUGUCGUCGUGUUAUACUACUCUUCUAAUAAGUCGUUUUGUCAGUAACAUUAAGAGAAAUGGGAGAUGAGGAGGAUCCAUGGGGAGCUGAUGAUUCUGAGCAACAGCCUGAAGUCACUGUUGUUCCACAAGCGGCAGCUUUAGAAAGUCAACCGCCUGUAGCUGAUGCCCCUUCUGCAGUAAUAUCGGAUACGGCGGAUGCUGAAGUAGCUCCACCUCCACCACCAGUAGAAGAUGAUGGAUACAGAAAACCAGUUCAGUUGUAUAGACAUUGGGUUAGACCCAAAUUCCUGCAGUACAAAUAUAUGUAUAAUUAUAGAACGAACUACUACGAUGACGUCAUUGAUUAUUUAGACAAAAGGCAGAAAGGGGUCUCAAGAGAAAUUCCCAGACCACAGACAUGGGCUGAACGAAUCUUGAGAAGCAAUUAUUCCAGUGGAAGAUGUCUGGACUUCGAAUCCUCCAGUAAGAGAGAACACCAAUUAAUUCAAACUUUAGCAGCAUCAAUUCGACCACAUAACUAUCACACUAAGGCUUAUAUCAACCAGAAAUAUGCUAAAGUUCUCUAAGUUUGUUUUCCAACUAAGUAAUGUAAAUAUUUAUUUGACCAAUCUACUUGUAAGUGUAUAUUCUAUCUAAAACAUAUUAAUGUAGAGUUUCAUUGCAUAAAAUAAAUUUGUGAGAAAAUAUUAUGAAA